GAAAAUUCCCUCGUUUCCUCCUCGACCAGGCUGGGGUGACGAGGGAGGGGCGGGGGAAGGGAAAAAGUAGGGAAAUGCAGUACAGGGAGGGAUAAAAGGGACCGGGUGUAAGAGGGUGGUGGGGAAGGGGAAGAAAGGGGCAGACGCUGGCCCCGCAGCCACCAGCCCCCUUGACGGUAACCGUCACUUUCCUCCCCGACCCAUGUUUUUAAUUUCACAGUACAGCCAAGCACUGUACACACACAUACAGACAAACUCGAUGGGCAACAAGACUUCCUGCCUGAAGAUCCACGCCGAGGCGUCGCUGGGACCCGGGGUCCCCAGCGUGGACGCCCUCUCUUUGUCGUGCAGCGCCUCACGCUGCUGGGGGCGGGGGAGGCGCCGCCUUGCGCGGUUCACCUUCCCCCGCCGGGGGUGGGUUUGCACCCAGGGGGUGCAGGUGUGCCGGGGCAGGGAGCUGCAGCACCUGCCCCUGGUCGGGCUCCACCACGAGGACCCCAACACCGCCAUCAGGGUUAAAUGCUCCCGCCGAGGGGAGGCCGUCUACGCGGCCACCAUGCCCCUCGCCCGCCUGCUGGGAAUGCUGGAGGAGACCGUGGCCGGAGACAAGGCCCUCCUCCUCUUCACCCUGGCAGGCGACGAGGACUGCGUCGCCACCCUGUCCUUCACACGGUCCAGGUACGCCAGGCCGUGGGCGUGUAACGGGCGGCUCCACAGCCGCGGCGGCGGUGAAUGGGAGCUUGUGGGCCAGGGGGACACUGCGUGCCUCGGCCCCCGCGAGGGUGGCUGCGGCGCGCCGGCCAGCCCUGGGCAACAGGAGCUUGGCCAGGGCCAGGGAUGGCACGACCUUGUCCCGGCGGAUAAGGUGGACGAGGUCAGUGCCUCGGCCUUUGCGGCGGUGCCUCAGCCAGUCCUGAGGACACCAACAUUUACUGUUCAUGAGUAUACAGUGCCAGCAGUGCACUGCGGGGAUCCCUCGGCCAGUGCCCAGGACGUGGCAAUGCCAGAGGUUGACCUCGGGGAUCCAUCGACCCUGGCACUCUACCGGGCCCUUCACCAGGUUAGGCCAGAGCCGCACCAAGGGGUCCCGCCAGCCACCAGUGCCCAGAACACCACAGUGCCAGAAGCCUGCUGCGGGGACCCACCACCCAGUGCCGAGGCCCGCGAGGCAGUGCCAGAGACUGACUUGGGGGAUUCAUCAUCCCUGGCACUAUACCACGACCGUCACCAGACUGAGCCUGCGCCUGUCGAAGGGGAGCCACCGGUCAGUGCCCAGGACUCGGCUGUGCCAGAAAUUGACUUGGGGGAGUCAUCGUGCCUGGCACUCUACUACGAUCUUCACCACCCUGUGCCUGAACCUGUGUCUGACGAAGGAAACCCGCCAGCCAGUGCCGAGGCAGCCGAGGUGAUGCCCGACGAGGAGUCAUUGGAGCCAGUGCCGAGUGCCCAGGAGGCGUCGCCCCCGGGGCCGAGGAGGCCCUGGUGGCACGCCGCCCUGGAGGGCCUGGAAGUACUGGACCUCGUCGUGUACUGCCUCCUGAUCCUCGACGCCUAUCUGCGCUAAGAACACACGGCCUUCACUCAUCACCGGGCGGGCGGCGCGCUGCUUCCCUGGGCCUGACUUUCUCCUGGCGGCUCACCGCCUCAGCCACGCCCCGGAGGCCUUGCGUUACGUUACACAUCACCGGGCUGGCUCAAGGGGCUGUUUUUCUUACAUUUCUCUAGUACUCCACUACU